AUGGCAUCCCAAUCCUGGCUGGACAUCCCCAAGGCCUCCCCUUUCUCUCUCGCAAACAUCCCGUUCGGCAUCAUUUCCACCGCUGUCUCAGCGACACCACGCCCCGCCAUUGCCAUUGGCGACUAUGCCCUGGACCUAUUCACUUUUGCCUCCGCUGGCGGUUUCUCCAAGCUGCCCGCUUUGCAGUCACACAUUGAUGUCUUUGCCCAGCCAGUGCUAAACGACUUUGCCGCUCUGGGCAGACCUGUACACCGCCAGGUUAGAGAGUACUUACAGGAGAUCUUCCGGGAUAACACCUCCCACCCCGAGAUCCUCAAGAACAAUGAAGAUCUCAAGAAAACUGCCCUUGUUCCUCGGAAGGAUGCCACCAACCAUCUUCCCAUGAGGAUCGGUGACUACACCGAUUUCUAUGCUGGUCUCAACCACGCCUACAACGUCGGUGUGCUCUUCCGGGGCCCCGAUAAUGCCUUGCAGCCAAACUACAAGCAUCUCCCCGUUGGUUAUCACGGCCGCGCCUCGUCAGUGGUCGUCUCGGGCACUUCCGUCCGCCGACCCAACGGUCAGAUCCUGGCCAACCCUACGGCGGAUCCCAAGGUGCCCGUUUUCUCUCCCUGCAAGCGAUUGGACAUCGAACUCGAACUGGCCGCCUUUGUGGCCACUCCCAACAAGAUGGGCGACCCGAUCCCCAUCUCUGAGGCCGAGGACCACCUGUUCGGUGUCGUCUUGAUGAACGACUGGUCUGCCCGCGACAUCCAGGCCUGGGAGUACAUCCCAUUGGGUCCGUUCAACGCUAAGAACUUCGCAACCACAAUCACACCUUGGAUCGUCCUCAUGGAUGCCCUUGAGCCUUUCCGCACCCAGGGCCUUGAGCCAGGAAACCGUGAUUCUCUCCUCCCGUAUCUCCGUGAAAAGAGAGCGGACACCGCGUACGACAUCGAUCUGGAAUUCGAGCUGAAGAACAAGGGCGGCCAGCCAACCGUCGUUGCCAAGACCAACGCAAAGAACUUACUCUACUCCUUUUCGCAGAUGUUGGCUCACCACUCCGUCACCGGAUGCAACAUGAACACUGGCGACUUGCUCGGUAGCGGUACCAUCUCCGGAAAGGAACCUGGCAUGUACGGCAGCUUGUUGGAGAACACCAACGGUGGAAAAGUUGCCAUCAAGUUGGCAGACGGAACGGAGAGAAAGUUCUUGGAGGAUGGCGAUGAGGUCACUCUGAGAGGAUUCGCUGGCCAGGAGGGAGGUUACGUCGGAUUCGGUGACUGCUUCUCAGUCAUUGAACCUGCUCAUCCAAUUAACUAA